UAAGAUAUCUCAUAUACUAGUCUCAUCCAAUACCGGAGAGACCCCGUCAUCCCCUUCCCGGAGCCGCCGCCGCCGCAGGCCGGAGGAGAAGACGAGCCGAGGCAUACCGGCGAGGAGGAGGAGGAUGGGCGAGUUCGACGACUACUGGGCGCGGGCCUACAGGGGGGACUCCGGGGUGCCGCACUCCGACCCGCAGCGGCUCGUCACCACCUGGACCGGCGCCUUCGCCCUCGGCGCCGCCGCCUGCGUCCACCACCACGCCUCCGCCCUCGCCUCCAACAUCAAGUCCCUCCCCCACUACUGGCAAGACAUGACAAUGAUGCUCGACCAAAAGCGCUGGAAGAAGAUUCUUGAGAAGAAGCAACAACAAGCUUAAGGAACUGUUACAGCUGUAAAAUUCCAAUGGAUGGUAGUUCGUUCUACUUGGUUUUCUUCUGUAGCUUUGGAACAUCACAUAUAGUUUCAACGCACAACUUCUUGUGUUGAUUUGUUACCACCUCCCCGCUAAGAUUUUCGUAGUGUUGGACGUGUUCUGAGUUUUCACAGGCAUCGUGAUUUUUCAAUGAUAAGCAAAACAAGUGUAUCUGCAACUUGUGAUGGAGUUCCUCUCGCUAUAUUGCCAUUAGUUCUAUAAAGUUGGGGUUUAUCUUGCGUCC